GAUGGUCGUAUGGACUCUCCUGGUCACUGUGCUCAGUUUUGCACAUACACUACCAUCGAGCAGGAUUCCAGGGAUAUUGUUCACAUCGUGUCUGUGGACAAAAGAGAGACCAGACGCAACUCUGUGAUUAUGGAGAAAGAGUGUUUUGUGCAGACCAUGGAUUCUCUCCUCUCCGACCUCAAGGUCAAGGAAGUGGUUACAGAUGCGCAUCCUCAAAUUUCUGCAUUGCUGAAUCCGCAGCGUGGGAAGUACAAAGAAUGGCACAUCCAACAUUCCCUGGACAUCUGGCAUGCAGCUAAAAGUCUCUGCAAAAAGCUUCAUCGGGUUGCGGCAGAGAAACAACACCGACCCCUCCAGGUCUGGAUCAGGGACAUCGGCAACCACUUUUGGUACUGCUGCAAACAGGCUACCACAGAGGUAGAGUUCAAGCAAAUGUGGAUUGGAGUGCUGCAUCACAUACAGAACGAACAUUCCUGGUCAAUUGGAGAAUGCCAGCAUGAGCCAUUGGACGAAGCCAGCCGAGACAAGCCUUGGAUUGAGCCAGGUUCAGCUGCAAUGCAGGCCUUAACUGCUGUUGUCCUAGACAAGAGGUGGCUGACCCUGGUGCCGAAAUUUCUGAACUUCAGGACCACAUCAGACCUGGAAAAUUUUCAGAACCACAUCCUGAUGUAUGCGUCCAAACGCAUGGCAUACACACCCCUUGUUUACAAGACCAGGACCCUGUUGGCAGCGAUCGACUACAACAAACACAAUCGACGUGCACCAGCUGUCAGCAAGACUGGACACAAAAUGUAUAGAAGGUCAUAUAACAAGAAAUCAAGCUCCUGGUCUGUGCAUACGGUCAAAGAAAAAAAGCAGUACUCCUACAUCCCUGAGAUUCAGAAGGCCAUUCUUGCAAGAAGACUUAGGAGUGGAACUGGACUCCCCCGCAAGAUUCAAAUGAGACCCAACGACCCAAGACGGCUAGGCCUAGUCUCGUCUGCAGAACCACCACCGUCAACAGAAGAGCUUGUCCAGCGACACGUGUCCCGAGGGGACCUGGCCACUCACAGCCCAGAAGCGGAAUGAUGCCCUCAAAAAUGUAAAUAAAUACUGAGGCACUGUUUUUACA